AUGGAUACGAUCGUGUGCGGGGACCCGGCGCCCAGCCGUGCCUCCAUUGUUUACACCCGGGACCAGCUGUUAGCGCUGCGUCACACCGCGGUGCGGCCCGAGGAGAGGCACGACAUUCCCGGCGAGCUGCGGAGAAGGAAACGGGGAUGUCGCGCCGGAGUGCAGCGCCGACACCGGAGGAGACAGUACAAACCCGUCCUCCCGUCCGUCGUCAUGGGGAACGUAAGAUCGCUCCCCAACAAGAUGGACGAGCUGUCGGCGCUGACUCGCCAUCAGAGGGAGUACCGGCAGAGCAGCGUGCUGGUGUUUACCGAGACAUGGCUGAACGCGGAAGUACCGGACACGAUCGCCGCGCUGGACGGAUUCCAGCUCAUCAGACACGACAGGACAGCGGACAGCGACAUCACGGCUGCAACCCCCCUCAUCCUCACCUUCACCUUCCCCCCCACCUACACUCCUGGCACACUGCUUCGACACCUCCCCCACUCCCGCUCCCCCGGACAUCUCACCAACCCCCACUCCUCCCCCCACCUCAUCACCCCCACCCCCCAGCACACAGCCCCCCUGCUCCAGCUUGUCCUUCACUACCUGUCAGUCUUCUUCACUUUCCUGAGGGUCUCCCCUGGCGUCAGCAGACGUCCCCUUGGUGUGAAGCGGCAGCUGGAGCUCACUGUAUACACCAUCAACCCUCUUACUGUUGGAGCCGUUGUCCUAUGGGGCCACCACCUGCAGCACCUGCAGGGACAGGCGCUGGGGUCAGGUGAUAGUGAGCUGGAUGGCGGGCAGGGACCCAGGCGUGUUGACCCCUGGCGUAGCAGACUGGCUCUGGGAACGUGGAACGUCACCUCUCUGUCGGGGAAUGAACCGGAGCAGGUGCAGGAGAUGAAGCAGUACCAAUUAAAUAUAACUGGACUCACCUCACCACUGGUUCUGGAACCAAACUCCUGGAGAGGGACUGGACUCUCACGUCUUCUGGAGUUUCCCAGGGUGAGAGGCGCUGGAUGGGUGUGGGGAUACUGGCAGGGGUUUCUGCGACUAUGUGUGGCUGAGUCGGAGUCCCUGACUGUUAUGUGCCCGCCCCUCUUGGAGUCUCUGGGUGUUGAAAGUGUUGUAGGACGGAGGUCAGCAGAGGCCAGCCUGCCGGGAGAAGACAUGGCUGAUGACAACAAGAGCUGCCACUGCGAGUUCGUCCCUCAGGACCUGACGCCAGGGUUAAAGGUCACCAUCAGAGCCAUCUGUAUAAUGCGUUUCAUGGUGUCAAAGAGGAAGUUUAAGGAGAGUCUUCGUCCCUAUGAUGUCAUGGACGUGAUCGAACAGUAUUCAGCGGGACACCUGGACAUGCUCGCCCGCAUCAAGAACCUCCAGUCAAGGGUGGAUCAGAUAGUCGGCAGAGGGACACCAAUCGCAGACAAGGACCGUCCCAAAACAGCCAGCGAGGAACUUCCUGAGGACCCGAGCAUGAUGGGCCGGCUGGGGAAGGUGGAGAAGCAGGUCCUGUCCAUGGAGAGAAAGUUGGACUUCCUGGUGAACAUCUACAUCCAGCGAAUGGGAAUCCCUCAGGCCGAGACCGACGCCUACUUUGGAUCCAAGGAGCCUGACCCGGCGCCGCCCUACCACAGUCCGGUGGAUCAUCUGGAAAAGAGCCAGUCCAUCUCCAAGAUGCUACAGGUGCUUCCUGCCGAUAACAAUGAGAAGAGUCGAGCGGUGACAAAGAUGGUUCGCUCCAGCAGCUCCACUGGACACAGGAACUACAACGCCCCCACCUGUCCAGCCUCUACUUCCUGGCAGCCAAUCAGUUCGCAGCUCCACCAGCAGGCCCCACCCCCUUCCCAGCAUAGCCACGGCAACACUCCAAGUCCAGUAGGAGAUGGGUCACUGGUCCGACUCCCGCCUCCUCCGGCUGGAGAGAGACAUGGCGGGAACCGAUCCCACCGACAAAGCACCGGAGACCGAGGGAACGAAAGACCAGAGGGAGGAGGAGGAGGAGGAGGAGGAGGAGGAGGGGAGGAGGAGCUAAAGCCGGACAGCGACGCCUCCAUCUCCAUCCCGUCUGUGGACCACGAGGAGCUGGAGCGCUCCUUCAGCGGCUUCUCCAUCUCCCAGUCGAGAGAGAACCUGGACUUUCUCAACAACAGCUUCUACUCCUCUGCCAACCUGGGAGACCACCAAGGAGGAGGAGGAAGAGGAGGAGGAGGCGCCGCCCGCUGCGCCACCGUCCACCCAUACAUCGCAGAGGGGGAGUCGGACUCCGACUCAGAGCUCUGCGCUCCCUCGCCUCACUCAGACCGAGCCUGGACCGGAACCAAGUAGAGCCGAAAGACAGGCGGAGCAGAACCAGCAGAACACUGAGACUGAAACUACAACCUGGAUCCAAACUGUGAAGACGGAGACGCUCAACACCAGCUGGACUCACAGAGUGAAGCAUCAUGGGAACUGUGACUGGGCGUCGCCGUGAUUUUAUUCAUGUGAAUGUUUUAACUUGUGCAGCAAAUGUUUGUUCUCACUGUCACUGAUUGGUUCACUGCAGAGACACGCCCACACCUGAUUGGUUCACUGCAGAGACACGCCCACACCUGAUUGGUUCACUGCAGAGACACGCCCACACCCGAUUGGUUCACUGUAAAGACACGCCCACACCUUAUUGGUUCACUGCAGAGACACGCCCACACCUCAUUGGUUCACUGCAGAGACACGCCCACACCUGAUUGCUUGCUUGUUUCCAUGUGUAAUCACCAUAAUCAGCGUCACAUAACGUCACUGUUUCAUGUAUUUAGACUGUUCUAAUAUUCAUAUAUCAAAACAAACGGACACAAAGCAUCAUGGGAAGAACAGAUUGACACAUCGCCAUGCCAACAGACUCUGCUGUUGUUUGUUUGUUGUCUCUACUUCCUGUCUGAAUUCAGACUCAUCCUGAGCUUUCAGCAGAGGCCUGAACUGACGCCGCUGUGAUGUCCUGUGGGAUCACAGUGUGUUUGUUCUGUGACGGCGAGCUGUGACAUCACAAACUGUGACGCUGAGAGUAAAGUGUGACGUUUUCAGGCGGGAUGUCAAACUGACUCUACAGACAGGAAGUGUGAGAUGUUUCAUCUACUGUCUUUAGUCUGAUUAUUUUCAGACUCUGAGCUCAGUGUUUGGAUUUUCUCCUCAUGUUGUUGUUUCCAUCCGUCUGUUUACAGUUUGGUUAUUUGGGUUAUUUAUCCAUCCGUGUUCUGUCCAAAGAAACAUGACAUCGCCUAUAACUGUAAACAUUAAAACAUGUCUAACACCUCCAAAUCACACGACUGCCGCUGAUGUAAACACCUGAUGGGACGAUCACGACGAUGCUGCUUCACUUUCAGCUGAACUAGUUGAAACAUUUCAAACUCGGGUCUUUGCCUCAGUUGGCGCCGCCCUCUCGAGUCUCCUCUGACUCUGUAUGCAAUGACGGCACGUCUGAAGUUGGCUUUACGUCCUGACGGCACGUUUCUGUGGCAGAAUCAGUUUUAACCUCACCUGAGAGUUACUGGGUUUCAGUCAGGAUGCAUUCAGGACCGCCUCCGACGUUUCAGUGUGGAAUCUAGAUUUUAGCAGAGUAACCAAAUAACAGCGUUUUCUCUCAGCUCCUGGACUCGGUAACGCCGGGUCACUGCUGUCAGAGGCAACUGAGCCUGACAAGAACACGAGCAGCUCACACUGUUUCAUCUCUUCUUCACAUUUUCACUGUUGUUUUUGAAAAGUUGAUAAAAUGAUGUGACCAGUCAAAACUCCGCCCCUGCACAGGCUGAGUAACGGUUGCUAAGGUGUGAUUGGACAGUUGCUACUUGGGGGCGGAGGUUCAGACUCGCAUGGUGACGAAUCAGAGGCUGAUAAUUUUUAUGACAUCAUAAAAACGUUAACAUGUAAAUAUAAUGUAACCAUAACUGUUUUAUGACUAAUAUUUAUUAAUAAAUCCCAACAGCUGAUUAAAUAACUCAGCGACAGGAAUGUAAACAACUGAAGAGUUUCUGUUCACAGAGACGAGCGGGUGCGUCCAGCAGGGGGCGACAGGAGGAUCCGACUUACUUCAGGAAACCAAAAUAAGAGUGUUUGUUUUUCAGUGGACAGAGUUCAACAGUUCUGCCCAGCAGUGGAGCUCAAAAUGUAAAGUUAGUUCUGAGGGGGCGCCAGAGCCAACAUCAUUAAGCCCCGCCCCCAGGACCUGCAGAUAGGAGGUAUUAAUGUGACGGUUUGUAGUUAGGAGGUUUCAUCAUCAGGAGGAAGACGGACUGUAAACAUUGUGUUUCUGGUUUGUUCACUGUAAGAACAUCUGAUCAAUCCAUCAAUCACCAAUCAGAUCAGCUCUCCUCUGAUUGACUCAUUAGAGCGACUCAUCUCUCGUCCUGCUGCCUAUUGACAUACAUUUACAUGUAAACACAUUUCAUUAACUGUUUCCAUGGAGACCGCCGAGUUUCCUAUCAAAGGAAAAAUUGAAAAUAUUAAACUAGUGGUUUCAUCUGUCAAUCAUCUGGCAGUCCACCUGUGUGUGCAAACGUUUAACCAAUGUUCAAACAUCCAGAACGUUUUAAUUCAGUCGAUAGUAUUUGUUUCCAUGGUCACCGUCUGUCACCUCACAUCAAAGUUUUGUUUAAUGCAGAAUCCUUUAAAUGUGUUUUGGAGACAAAUCGGUACGAAUAAUAAUUUAUGUGAUGAUCAUGUUUCUGCAGCUCGCACUAACACAAACUGUUUGUACAGAACUAUGCCUGUUUGAUUGUAUUUCAAUAUUAUUAAAAA